UGACUAUUGAAAAUGGCGGCUUGUCGUCGGCUUCGAAUAUCAAACAAUUAGUGGUGCAAUUAUUACGCUUAUACAAUAUACAACAUAUUAUAUACAAUUAUUGUUAUCUUCGAAAAUUUGAAGGAAUAAUGAAGUCGCAUGAGAAAAUGAGGGGCUGGUCACUGAUUUGGUGGCUGUUUACACUGUUCGGCAUUCCUGUGACAUUUCCAUGGUUGAUCUAUCACAUCUAUGACAUUGUAAGACGAAAGCGAAAGUUAUCGUCACUCCGUGGGAAGAUCGAUAAAGUUUUAGAGAUCCAUGGAAAAAUUGAUGUAUUAAUAAAUAAUGCCGGAAUAUCCUAUCGGGGUGAAGCUUCUACUACUGAAGUAGAUGUGGAUAUCAAAGUCAUGUUGAUUAAUUAUUUUGCUCAAAUCGCAUUGGCAAAAGCGAUUCUACCAUCGAUGAUCAAAAGGCGAUCUGGACAUAUCGUUUGUAUCAGUAGUGUCCAAGGAAAAAUAGCAAUUCCCUUCAGAUCCGCCUAUGGCGCUUCCAAACACGCCCUGGGAGCUUGGUGUGACUCAGCGAGAGCUGAAUUAGCUAGCAAUAAUAUUAAAAUUGCAGUUAUUAACCCCGGAUACAUAAAAACUGAUUUAUCAUUGAAUGCAUUGACCGGAUCUGGUGAUAAAUACGGAGUGAUGGACAAGACAAUUCAGGAUGGAUAUGCGCCAGAAUACGUGGCUCAACAAAUUUUAGCAGCUGUUCUAAGGGAGUCUAAUGAAGUGACAGUAGCUCCACUCCUUCCAAGAUUAGCACAAUUUAUUCGUUAUUUUAGUCCAUCACUUUACUUUUUGAUAAUGGAGAGGAGAGCUAAGAAAUUAGCGAAAGAAGAGUGAAGUCCUUUCACGUUUGAAAAGAGUUUGUUUGUUUAUUUUUGAUGGAUUAAUCAAAAAUCAUCGUUAAUGUACUAGACGGAAUAAUUGUUUAUUUAUUCUCAUUCAGUUCGUUACUUUUUCCAUAAAAUCAUUAUCCCUGUCGAAGCCCCAGUGCUAAAACCUGAGUCUACCCAAAAGUUCAGCCAUAAUGAUUAAUAACAUUGUGCAAUUACUUAAUUACUGAUUCUGAUAUUCGGGAAUGGCACUGACACUGACUUUUACCUUGUUCGGUAAAAAAUUAAAGCAAAUGUUUGGAAUUUUG